UUUGUUCCCUGACACCUCGUUCCACUCCGGACACCGCCACUGCUUCUCCUCUCCGCCUCCCCCAAACCCUCCCGGCACCCGCGAGAACCCCAAGCUCGCGCGAAAUCCGAGGCAAAAUUCCAUGGGCGGCGGCGGCGCCCUCACCCCCACCAGCACCCCCUCCUCGCCGUCGUGCUCAUCGGAGCCCCUUCCUCCAGAGUUCGGCGACUAUGUGGCCGUCUCGCCGGUCUCCGACGACGGUGACGACGGCUCCGAUGAGUGCUGUGUCUGCGACGUUGCCGAGGUGGAGGCCCUCCUCUACGGCGACUGCCGGCUGCAGGACCGGUCGCUGCGGGAGGCGAAAGAGUUCAUUAGGAGGUAUAAGCCUGGGGACUUGAUUGAGGGAGUUGGCGACGCAAAAGCUGGGGAUUAUGUGUUGCCUGAGGUCACCACACUGCUGUUGGUGGGCCCUAGAGGUGCUGGCAAGAGCACACUUGUGAACCGGAUUACAAGGGUAUUUGACAAGGAUGAUGAUCCUUUCGCACCAGAUCGAGCGCAGGUGUCACGAAAUUCCAAAUCAAAUGGUACAACCUUCCUUUGGGAAUACCCAGUUCCAAGGAAUUCAAAUGCUAUAUGUGUUUAUGAUACACGGAGCUUGUCAAGCAACCCAGAGAAAAAUUUCAAGAUGCUGCAUCGGUGGAUGACAAAGGGAGUCAGCCAUGGGGAGAUGGCAACGUGGGAUACUGAUUAUGACACUAAGAUUGAGGACAUGAAAUCAUUGGGGAGGCAAUACAGUUUUCUUCGUUGCAAGACCAGGAAGGUCAACUUUGUCAUAUUUGUUAUCGAUGGUGCUUCUGUCCUUGAGUCAAUUGAUAGCGACAAGAAAGGAUACACUGAAAUACUCCAUGAAACAUUUGUGUAUCCGUUCUUAUCAAUUGGAGAUGACAAGCCUGCUGUUGUGGUCACACAUGGUGAUAGAUUAUCAAUACAACAACGUGUUCAUGUUCAAAACGAGUUAGCAGAGCUACUUGGCGUUCCUCUCCAGCAAUUUUUUUUUAUACCAGGAUCUGAUGGUUACCAAACUGAUUUGGCUAUAUUGGAUAUGCUGCGUUACUGUAUCCACCAUGCGGAGCAGAAUCUCCCUAUUAAAUUGAAUUAUCUUUUAGAGGUGCAUGGGCGUGAAACUCUUAAGAACAUAGCGGAGCGAUUGAUGGGUUUAGAUGCAGUCAUUGAAGCUACCAUUAUUUUCCUAUGCAUUGUAAUCCUUCUGCUUCGGUUCUUGGACAAAUUACUGCAAUCAUAGCUGUGUUCUGCAUGUGCAUUGUAAAUAAGAAAAAACGGAGAAGGUAGUGUAACUGGAAGUGCCCAGAUUCACAAAUGCCAUGGAUGGCAUGCAAAUAAUGGUUGUGGUUAUGCAAGAUACUAUUGCUGCUAUACAGGCUUUUGUAUAUAUUGACCGAACGUAUCGUGAAAACACUUUAUAUAUAUUGUAUUACAAGUUUUCCAGAAACUGCAGAAAGACUAAUGCACAUCUGACGAACCUUUGUGCUGUA